AUGGCCGACGACGAAUACGCGUACCUGCAGCCGGACUUUGAUCCCAGCUCUCUCACAGUGCCCCGCUUGCGCUCCAUCCUGGUUGCCCACAAUGUCGCCUACCCUUCAUCUGCAAAGAAGUCAGAUCUGAUUGCCAUCUUCAACGCAAACGUUGCGCCCCAGGCCAGAAAGAUACUCAACGUUCAGUCCCGCACUGUGCGCUCUGCAAGAGGCAUCGUCGACGUGCCCUCCAGCCAGUCCAGCACCAACGACGACGAAGACACGGCUGACGACAACAUCACUGUUACUGCAACUCCAGCAAGGCGAACUACUAGGCGUGCCGUCAUGCAACCAGCUGCCGAAGAGAAUGUUGCUCCCACGCCUCGUUCCACCAGGAGGUCUUUUGCUCCGACGAGCGCUCGACGUGCUUCCAGCAAGCACGCUACCGUUGAGCCUGAGCCUACUCCAAGACGUGUUGCCAGGUCAUCUUUCCCUAGCGAACCUCCACAACCAGUCUAUCGCGACCAGGGCGCAGACUCGCCAUUCUCGAAGGACAACCCCUUUCAAAGUGGAAGCUCACCACCAUCUGCAUACCGCCAUCGUAGUAAGAGCGGAGACCGCAGAAGAACUACUAUUGGUCCCUCAGCCGACAGGGAAAGAAGAAAGAGCAGAGAUGCCAGACGCAGAACAGAUGGUUUCUACCGUCAAGAGGAGGACCUGACCGCAGUAGCGAGAACGCCCGUCGUCCGUGUGAAGGUUGAGCCGGAGUAUGAGGAGGAAUAUGAUCAGAUGGUUGCUGGUGAGGAGUUCACACCAGAAGAACAAAAUGAACUCGUCAAGGCUCAAGAAGCAAACCCGAGCUCUGCCCUCAGCCGUGUUCCUCGCAAGAAGACACCGAGAUCUGGAGCAGCCAAGACGGCUCUUUCGACCAUCUUGUUCACCAUGUUCGUUGCAGUCGCUGGUGUCUGGCGACAGGAGAAGAUCAAGGUCGGCUUCUGUGGCAUCGGUCAGCCAUCUGAAACGUUUGCUGGUGCUGAGAUUCCUGAGUGGGCUUCGUUCUUGCAGCCAGAGUGCGAGCCAUGCCCCAUGCACGCCGAAUGCCGGGAGAACCUCCAGAUUGUCUGUGACGAUGGCUUUGUUCCUGUCUCGCACCCUCUCUCGCUCGGUGGUCUGGUCCCUAUACCGCCUACCUGCGAGCCGGACAGCGAGAAGCUUCGCAAGAUCGGAGCACUGACGAGCCAUGCUGUCGAGACUGUCUUGCGCGAGGCUAACGCUCAUUACGAGUGUGGUGAGACCAAGACUCCCUAUGUCACCGAGCCAGAGCUCAAGGCAACCAUUGCUGCAAAGGGCAAGAACAUGAAGGAUAUCCUCGAUUUGCUUGACCAAGCAAUCGGAGAUGUGCCCAAACGUGAUGAGGUCAAGACCAAAGUCGAUCCACAAACCUCUGUCCGCUCCUUCCGCAGCACGUCUCUCGCAGCCGUCAGCUUCCAAUGCGCCCUCAAACGAUCAGUUCGCCUCACGAUUAGACAGCAUCUUCGAGAACUUGUAGGCAUUCUUGCUUUGGCAUUCACGGCUGUAUAUGGACAGCGCACCAUCUCGAAACGUCGCUCUACCUCGACGCAGGCCAAACAGUUGGCAGGUGUGGCUCUUGACAAGCUCGCCACGCAGGCAAGUCUGCAUGCUCAAGAUCCCGUCGGUUAUCCUGAACCAUUAAUCAGCAUGGUUGCUCUACGUGACGAUGUGCUUCGUGAUGAGUUCCGCGCACAAGAGCGCAACAGAAUCUGGACAGCUGUGCAGAAACUAGUCGAGGGUAAUGCGAACGUCAGGACUAUGGUGCGAGAGGGCCGCACAGGAGACGUUAGCAGGAUGUGGGAGUGGAUUGGUGCAGUCUACCGUAUCGAAGGAGGUUCGGCACACCAAACUCCAGUCAACGUUCCCAAGACUCGCCGCACUUACUGCAAGGGCAAGGACUGCAAGAAGCACACCCAGCACAAGGUCACCCAGUACAAGGCUGGCAAGGCCUCUCUCUUCGCCCAGGGUAAGAGACGUUACGACCGUAAGCAGUCCGGUUACGGUGGUCAGACCAAGCCUGUCUUCCACAAGAAGGCCAAGACCACCAAGAAGGUUGUCCUGAGACUGGAGUGCACAGCAUGCAAGACCAAGGCACAGCUUGCCCUCAAGCGUUGCAAGCACUUCGAGCUGGGUGGUGACAAGAAGACCAAGGGUGCCGCCCUUGUCUUCUAA